AUACUUGCUUACAUUCAACUUUAUUAAUAAAUUAAAUGUUGCUGUAAUAAAGGUCUGUUUUUUUUUCUAUGCUCUGACCUUUACUAUUAUAUUAUGACUUCUCUUUUUUGUAUCUUAUUCAAUUGACCAUAACCAUUUUAAUUGUUAAUAGUGAUUACUUAUACAAUCAUUUUCUGCAAUAUAAACAAAACGUCCGGACAAAUUACUUCAACAUGACAACUCUAAGAUUACCAAUGUUAAUAUUCCCGUUAUCAUUUUGCCUAACUUUUUGGCUUUACAUGGGUCUUCCGUAUAUUAGUUGGCUCAUUAAUAUAACGACCACAAUCAUAGUUAUUGCCUCUAUUGCCUGGAAAUCAUCGUGUAUCUUAUCUAACGUGACUCAAGGAUCUCUUGAUGUAUCGAAUAAAGCAGUUCUGAUCACAGGUUGUGAUUCUGGUUUUGGUUACAUCACUGCAUUGGAGUUAAAUGAGAAAGGCUUCAAUGUUUUGGCUGGUGUCAAAGACAUAAAAGGAAAAGGAGCUAAUGAUCUCAAAAAUAGUUGUAAAUAUCAAUCUAGGCUCAAUCUAAUUGAAAUAGAUGUAACUCGAAAUGAAGAUGAGCUGAGCCGUCAUCUUUUAGAUGAAGUUACAUCAAUAUUAUCCAAUACCGGUGAUUGUUUAUGGGCCAUUAUUAACAAUGCUGGACUUUUAACUGUUGGCCCGAUAGACUGGGGAAACUAUCAAGAUUCAGUUGAAUCAAUUGUCAAUGUAAACCUUCUAGGUUGCAUGAAAAUUACUCGAAUAUUCCUGCCACUUUUGAAACAUUCAAGCUAUAGAGAUGGCUCAAGUGUCAUAGGUGCGCGAAUUGUAAAUAUGUCUUCAAUUCAAGGCAAAUUGUCUCUUCCAUGGACGCCAACUUAUGCAACAACCAAAAGUGCCAUUAUUUUUUACUCAAACUGUUUGAGACUUAAUGUUAAUCGGUUUGGUAUCAAGGUGACUACUAUUCUUCCUUAUAAAUAUCGCACACCAAUGGGAGAUACAAACCAGCUGAUAGAUCGUUUGGAUUCAAAUUGGCAAUCUUCAACGCAAGAUGUUAAAUCAUCUUAUGGUGAAUUUUAUUACCAUCGCUUAAGAAAUUUAUUAAAAUUAACAAAUGAAAGUGGACCAAGUUCAGGAGAUCCAAAGGAAAUCGCUUCCAAAGUUUAUCAAUGUCUAGUCACUCCAGAUCCUCCAAAUGAAAUAAUCUGUUCACCUUGGUGUCUUCGUCCUUUAUGGUUUCUAGUCGGACUUAUGCCACAAGAGCUGAUAGAUCUUGUUUUUGAUUAUAUCGAAUCAAAUUAUUUACAUGCCUAAUGAAGGAUGACCAAACAAAAUUUAAAUUCUUAUUAUCAAAGACUGAAAAAUCAAUCACUCCAAUUGGGCUCAAGCCCAUAAACUAAUCUUUUUCAUUGUGUGAUAAAACCAAUCAGAAACUAUGCUCGAUACCAACAAAUUUACUCUAUAAAACAAAAUUAUUCAACAAAAAACAUUUUUUCAGGCUUUUCAAUUAAAACCAACUUUUUAAUGUAAAUAAAUCUUUGUAAUUGAUCGUGAAUUACUGCUCAUCCCGGAAAAUAUACAAAUGUAUUAACCAGGUUCAAUUCUAGUCAAAUUUCAAUCAAUUUGAAAGCCACUUGCAGUGCUGUUCAACUUGAUAUAUUGUUCACUUGAUAACGUACUUUGUACACACAGAUUUACCACUUUCUAGGCAACCAAUUAAAUUGUCUAGUUAAAGGUUAAUAAUUCAAUAUCAUCAAGACAACUUGAUUAUUCUAUUAAACCUUGACACCCUAAAUAUUAAA